AUGCUUAUAAUAUUUUUUAUUUUUCCUUUAUUUGUUUUUUGCUCGGAAUAUGCAAGACUUCCAAAAACAAUACUGCCAUUAGAAUAUUAUUUGAAAUUAACAGUUCAUUUUGAUGGAUAUGGUUAUAAACCACCAGCUGAUAAAAAUUACACAAUUGAUGGAAUAGUUAGUGUUAUUCUGAAUAUAACUGAACCAAUUAAUAAAAUUGCGAUAAAUUCAAGACGACUUAAUUUCACCAAAGAAAAUUGUAAUAUUGUUUUUCGGAAUAGGAAUAUCAACAUUACAACAAUAGAAUUUGAUUUACAAAAUGAACAAGCUAUUUUUAUGUUGAACCAAACUUUGGAACCAUUGAAAAAAUCAGAACCAAGAAAACAAUAUCUAAAUCUCACAAUCGCAUAUUCUGGUGAAAUUUUAGAUGAUAGAAAGGGAAUUUUUAGAUCACAUUAUAGAGAGGAGAAUGGAAAAGUAAAGUGAGUAUUUUUUUGAACACCAGUUCAAUAAUCUUCAUCACAUUAGACCAGCUAUUGCAACUCACUUCGAAGAAAUAAAUGCUCAUCAAGCAGUUCCAUGUUUUGAUGAACCUUGGAUGAAAGCAAUUUGGAAAGUUGAAAUAACUCAUCCUGUUGGAAGUAUUGCACUUUCAAACACAGCUGAACAUUCAAUCAAAUCAGUUGAUAACAAUCUGAAAACUACAGUUUUUCAUCCAACACCAAUAAUGUCAUCAUAUUUAUUGGCUUUUGUUAUUUCUGAUCUUGAAUAUAUCAGUGAUUAUUCAGAAUCUGGAACAUUAGUUAGAGCUUUUGCACCGAAUCAUCAAUUAAAAUUAGUAGAACUCGGGUUGAAAACUGCUGUAAAUGCUUUGAAUUUUUUCGAAAAAAAAAUAUGGAAUAAAAUAUGAAUUAUCCAAAAUUGAUCUAGUUCCGUUGGAUAUUUUUGUGUCUGGCGCGAUGGAAAAUUGGGGUUUGGUGAUUUUCCGGUGAGAUUAUUGAAAAAAAAAUAAGUUUUUCUUUCAAAUAAUCUUUCCAAAUGUAGAUCUGACUUUUUGAUUGGCGAGAAUGAGAAUAUACCAAAUUUUGUUCAACAUGAAUUAGCUCAUCAGUGGUUUGGAAAUUUAGUUACAAUGGAAUGGUUUUCUGAAAUUUGGUUGAAUGAAGGAUUUGCAACAUUGUUUGAUUUCUUACAACCAUUUAGAAAUCUUGUGAGUUCAAUAUUCAGAACAAUUAAUUGGAAGAUUUUUUUUGAAGUUAUCACUCAGAGAAUACCAUUUGUUACACGAAAAUGGUUGGCGACUAGAUAGACCGGUAGUAAUAAAAACCUCGGAAAAGAAAUAUAUUAACGCUAAUGGUUAUACAAGUCAUUACAAAUCUGCGCAAAUUUUAUACAUGUUAUGGAAAAUUAUUGGGGAAGAAAAGUUUGAAGAAGGAGUCACGAAAUAUCUCAAAGAAAAUUUAUAUAAAUCUGUAAACUCCACAAUAUUUUAUCCAUAUUUGGCUGAUUUUAUGCCUCCAGGAAGUCCAAGCAUCGAAGAUUUUAUGAAUCCAUGGUUAGAACAAGUCGGAAUUCCAUUAGUUAUUGUAAAAGAAUUCAAUUCUACACAUAAUAAGAUCACUCAAGAUAGGUUUGAUAAUGGAGUUUUGGAAAGUUAUCAAUUCCCAACCCCAAAAUGGAAUUAUUCAUGGUAUAUUCCACUUUGGUAUGGAAACAAUAGGGAUCCUCAAGAAAUUGAGAAAAUGAUUUGGCUUAAACCCGGAAUACCAGAAUAUCUUUCAAAUUCUGAAGUAUACAUUUCUAAUGGAUUGUUUUGUUUAAGUACUUCUGAUUAUUACAUGCAAUUUGAUGAUAGGGAAACCUUUUCUUCAAAAUUUUUUUGGAAUACAGCUUUAGGAAUCCAAACAUUUGAAGAUCUCAAACAUUUUAUUCAAAGUCUACCAAAUGAUUUCUCACACAAAAAAUUGACGAACCAUCUUUUCUAUUUGGUAUGGAAAUUGGAUGUGGAAGUUUGUUCAAAUAUAACAGAACUUGAAAAUUUUGAACUUGUUCGAGAUGAAAAACAUAUGUAAGUUUGUCGAAGUCUUAUAAAAAUCAAUUAGUUUUCCAGCCGUUGGGUGUUAUUGGAAGACAACAAUGGGAACGAUAUUUUGAGAAAUCUCCAAACAAAAUUCAGAGCACGAAUAACAAACGAAACCAUUUCGAAAUAUUUUGAUUUAAUUGUCAAAGAUGAGAAUUUGGCAUUUGAAAUCGGAAAAGAUACUGUGGGAGAUGCAAAAAAAAUAUUUCGAGAGCGAUGCAAAAAUCAUAAAAAUGAACGUAUUCGAAUAAUUUACAAACAAUUGAAAAAAUUGGAUGAUUGGAGAGAAAAACAUACAAAUGAUGUAUUAGAAAUUGUCAAAGUUGUGUUUGAUUUUAUAGAGAGAAAUAGAUAA